AUGCCCCGCAAAAUUGCCAUCGAAGCUAUAGAAUUUCUCAAAGGCAGAGUGUAUCUCGGCAGCUACGACUACCAUCCUCAGAACACAGACGACCUGGUAUUCUUCACCGUCGAGGAAGCUCUACCGUACAACGCGUUUCAUCUGGAUUUCGGUCCCUUGCAUCUUGGCCAUCUGUAUAGGUUUGCCGUCACUUUGCACAACAUUCUGAACGACAGUGCCAACAAAAGCAAGGCUGUUGUGUUCUACUCCUCUACGGGCGCAAAACAGAGAACCAACGCCGCUUGUCUCCUGUGUUGCUACAUGGUGCUUGUCCAGAACUGGUCGCCGCACCAGGUGCUCCAGCCGAUAGCUCAGCAGGAGCCUCCGUUCUGCGGCUUCAGAGACGCAGGGUACUCCCACGCCGACUUCGAGCUCACCAUCCAGGACGUCGUGUACGGGGUCUGGCGCGCCAAGGAGCGCGGUAUGCUCGACAUCACCUCCUUCAAUCUGGAAGAGUACGAGCAGUACGAGAGAGUGGACCAGGGAGACUUUAAUGUUAUUUCCAAAGACUUCAUCGCAUUUGCAUCGCCCAAGCAGUCUCGACCAGGAGCUCCUCUCAACGAGCCUUUCCGCAAAGUUUUGGAUUAUUUCGUCAGCAACAACGUUCAGCUGGUGGUGAGACUGAACUCUCACUUGUACGACAAGAACGAGUUUGAAAAGAGAGGUAUAAAACACAUUGACAUGAUUUUUGAGGACGGAACCUGUCCAACCAUGGAGUACGUCCAGAAAUUUAUUGGAGCAGCAGAAACCGUCAUCCAGAAAGGCGGCAAGAUCGCCGUUCACUGCAAGGCCGGCUUGGGCAGAACAGGGUGUCUGAUUGGCGCACAUUUGAUUUACACACACGGUUUCACAGCUAACGAGUGUAUCGCAUACAUGAGAAUGAUCAGGCCGGGAAUGGUCGUUGGGCCGCAGCAGCACUGGCUGUAUCUGCACCAGAACCAGUUCAGAGACUGGCGGUACACCAUGGUUCUCGACGACCAGCCAGAUGAGGCCAUUGGAGGACUGCAUUCUUUGGUCCCGUACACGGUUAUCGAGGAAAGAGAGGCCCUUGUGGUUGACACAGAAUUGCGCCGCCACGUCCUGACGCCAGUCCGCAGACGCAAAGUCUCUGGAACGCUCAAGAUCGCUCAGAAGGCUGUUCCCAUGGAAAGCCCCGGCCAGCCUCGCAAGUACCGCUCGUCCACGAAGGAGAACCAACCAUACUCCAAUUCUGACGAGGAGGCCACCUACGAAUCUAUUGGGCAUCAACUCUCCAGCCCGCAGCGCAAGAGUGCGAGACAGGACGAGGCAUAUUACGGCUCUGAGUACGAGAUGUCAGAGAAAACGAAGAAAACCAGCCCGCAAGGAUCCCCCUACUUCCGCCGUGUUUCCACGACCACAACCACGACCACUACAAUCUCGUCAUCUCCUACGCAUUCGGCAUCCAACGAGUCGGGUGUUUUGACUAUCCCUAAGCAGAGAGCAUCUCUAGGGUCCAAGGAUGGAAAGGUGAGAGGAAACGGGUCUAGAUUGUCGAGCUCCAACGAGAAAGUGAUAGGCAACGUUGGGGUGAGAAAGGUCUCUGCUCCGAGAAGAAUCACGUCAGGGGUGUAA